GUCUCCCAGAAGAGGCGAUAGACGCAUCCGGUGGUGCUUGUAGUAACUUUCAAGGUCAGGUAUCGUUUUCCAAGUUCCUUAUUCCAGUAAUAGGACCUACGCCACUGGGUGUUAUGUGACUCAGAGAGAGCGAGAGGAAUAGCGACAUGGUGCCAGUUCGUGAAGGGUGGAUGUUUGGGAGUUGGUUCUAUGUGCUCGUCAAAUUCAACUCCCUUUUCCUUGACAUCGAGUAUCCCUUUCUCCUAUCCCGUUGGAACUUGAACGAUUCUGAUGCUUCCGAUCGCCAUUCUGUUCCCGCGGACCUGUUACCAUACUUGGAGUUGGGGGAGAUGACAUUGAAGGAACUAAGGAGACUUUUGAACCUACCUGGAUGGACUUUGGUGGACACCGCCCCGCAUAAUACAUCCAUCAAGCGCAUCAAUGUCUCCGAAUACUCCCAUACUCUUUUCCUCGUCCAGGUACACGAAGUCUGUAAGCUCCAAGGAGUUGUGGAUGUGGUUCUCAUUCAUACAGCAGUCAGGGAAAUUCCCGGUUGCCACUGA